CUUCUUCCUUUUUUCAUCAUCCCUGCUAGCUAACACAUAGUGUGAAAGUUGUAAUAAGCGCAUGCGCAAUUUUGGCAGCGUGCAUGUCCACGCUUUGUCCUCUUGCAAAAGUGCAAGUCGUCCACCUUUGUUCAACUUACACAUCCGAUGCUGCCAUCGAGAAUUCCAUGCCCUGGGUGCUUUCUGAGAGUAUUGUCACCGGUUUGAUUCCUGCAGUUGAUCUGCUCUUUCGGCGGUCGAAAACUACUUGGUUCGUUGUUUGAGAAGAUGACUUUGGCGAGCGAAAAACGAAAGGCUAAGGUCCAUUAACCAUCUCAGAGUAGCAUUCUCACGAUCCAAGCGAAAAAAAUGGCAGUGAAAAGUCGCACCGCCCUGACAAGAUUGGGCUUUCCGGGUCCUUCUGCUUCGAAAGGCACCACGUCGUUCUGGCCUUCCAAGGCGUUGGAGCCUUUCGCGACGGCAAAUAACGUCGUUCUACCCGCUUCGAGCACCCCGACCACCACUCGGAUUCCCGAUCGGAUCGCGACGCGGCACUACCAUAUCAAAUGUAAAAAUGUCUGGGUCUGGAAGAGUCCGAACUUGUGAUGCACAUUUCAGAACACAGGAAAAUCUCUCAUGCAUGGGUAGCAAAAGCUGCCCACUUUCUGUCACCAAAGUGGGGGAUUUGUCAUGCGGAUUCGGCAUUGCGGAAGCUUCUCGAAACCUGUAAUGCUAGAGCUUCCAUGCCAGACCUUCUGUGUCAUGCAAAAACAGCAUGACUCUUCCAGACCAGACCCAGACAUUUUUACAUUUGAUAUACCACCAUUGCCAGCAACUCCACACGUUGUUCACGAGGCCGUCUUUGCCUUCCGCCACCGCUAUCCAAAGUUUGACGCGCUCUACUUCCUCUUCCGGGCUGCUGCUUCGCGCAUCCUCACCUUACCCGGUUUUCUGUGCCUUCCAGACGUUGAGGCGCUCCAUUGUCACCGAUGUCGAAACCGCCAGUCGCGGCGGGAAAAACCGGCCGCUGGAAAGCUGGGAAGAGGUGGAAAAGCACCACCUGAAAAUUCCCACGCUGGACAACUACAAGCGGCCGAAAAACGCCCCGCUGCCGACGGAACUGACGAGAGCCGAUUACCAUCAGUUCAUGCGGGGAAAGCCGCGUCGGUGGCAGCAGCAAACGGUUUGUCCGGCGGUAGGCGCGGCGUUGAUCUGCUUCACGUUUUGCGAGAUGGCCUACGCCAUGUUCAAACUGAAACCGGACGACUUCGAUUGGAUCGAGGAGGAGAGAGCACGCGCCAGAGCCGCCCGAGAGCGGAUCGACCUCGAAUUGCGGAGGCGCGAAAAGGAAUCGAAGACUGAGGCAAAGAAGAUUCUGCAAGGCGGCGAAGAUGUCCCGGGAAUUACGGGGCCGGUCGCGCCAGCAUGAUCUGCGUGAGAACGACAGUAUGGAUCUUUACGAGACAAUCUGUACUAUACUUGCAGCCAUGGAAGCAGAAUGAGAGUUACAAGCAAGAACUUAGGUAUGCAGACUCAGAUUCUGCAUGUGCCGCGCCAAGAAUGCUGCAUAGAGCGCAUCGGUACUAUAGCUGCUCGUACGAUGGUCGCCCAGAGCUAUGGAGAAUAUCGGUCUCAGAUAAAUAGAUUCGAG